AUGUCUGAAUGUCACACCAUCAUUUUUGAACACCCUCAGAACAAGUUCCCCCAGGAAGAUAACAGACAAGUCCGAGACGCUCCUUCAGCCUACAACCAGUCGUACCACGUCUAUCCACCUGACGUUAUCGAUGAUACUCCUGCCCAAUUCGAUACCGAAACCAAGCUGCCCGGAUGUCACCAUUGCGAUAUCUUCAACCCACCCAACCUCGUUUUCAACCCUGUGUACGCCCUCGCGCUUUUGGACACAGAAAGUCCCGUGGACUUCCUCAGUACAGCCGAGCCGAACCGUCUUCACGAGGAGAUUGCCAGUGUCUUCUCCUUAUGCGGUAAUCCACCCCCAGUCGCGCAGAACUCUCCCGGUGCCGCACAGUCGGAGCCUCCACAAGAGCAGCUAUUCGAUGGUCGUCUCCUCGAGCCUAGCCAGACUUCUGCCCCCCAUGAAUACCUCAUAGCCGGUUUGCGUCAGGCAUUGACACAAACGAGCCCCGAAGGCCACCAUGGGGAUGCAGCCGCAAGACAUCCAGCCAACCUCAUUGCGCAUGUACCGUCGGGAUCGCAGGAACAGCACUGGGGCUCUCCGGGUAUCCCGGGCUUCCUACCUUUUGAGCAAAUAGAAGGAAUCGGCCUGGAUAUCCAGACUCCGGCAGCUACUAUGGAUAUGAAACUCGUAGAGAGACGGUGUGAGCCCGAUGUCACAAUCGUGAAUGAUGGGAUGGAGGGAAGUGGGAGACAACAGCCCAUGCUGUCACCUGGUAACCGUCAAAGCGUGCGGGGUGAAGCAACCAAGACACAUACCGUUGCCGCAAAGAGACAGAAUCGUGUCAGCAGUGCAAAGCAGGCCGAGCGCCGCGCAGGCAAGAAGGCCGCCACUCAAGGCGUGACCAAAGCGACGUGCGCCCGUACCUCCCCAUUCCCUGAGGAGGCGUACUGCACCAUCAUCGCUCUGACGGGAUACCCAACGCUCCCGGAUUACCCUAUACGCAAGACGAUGACAGAAGAGGAUCGCCAGCAGCUGAUGAAGGAAAGACGUCAGCAUGUGCUAGAGGAGAGCAAAGAGCGACUGACGAACGCCCAGCAAGCUGCCGUCGAAAAGCUCCGGGAGAUGCUCAGACUCUCGGCUGACGAAAAGAAACUCGAUCUCAACAUUCUCAAUGAGGUGUCGAUGCGAAAGGCGAGAUGGCACACCGACUUUUAUGUCCAGAUGGCGCUCUGCUGCAGCGAGCACAAUCUGUUGACAAGAGACGAGGUGUGCGACGCGAUGGAGGAAAUAUGGUAUUUCAAAGAACGCUCAUAUGCUGGCGACAAUAAGUGGAGGAGGACCGUCCACUGCAUCCUAUCCGAGUAUAAGGAGUUCGGGUGCUUGAAGCUUCGGAACGUGACAACGAACAAGGAUAUCAACCUCCACUUUCUCGACUUUUCCGGCGGGGAAGGAAGGCGAAAGGUAUACGAGAGGAAGGACCGCUCUCUUCGUAGUGAAGAGAAACACAAAAAACCGAAAGAAUCCGCGCCUGUCGGUAACCCAAUACCACGCAGGCUCAAACCCAAGUUCGAUCAUUCGCACCUCUCCUUCAACCAACGAGAGAUACGACAAGGGGAUCAGACUUGUGGGUAUCAACAGGCCUAA